UCAUCCAUGGUCAUUUAUUUCUCCUGUCAUCCCACGGCUGCAGUCGAUCAGCUCAUUUUUGAAGUUUGCCUGGUAUUCGAUGUGCUUCAACCCGUCAUCGGAGAAAAUAAUCCUUCCCACUUUGAAAGCGAUCAAUUUGAAACGGUGUCGAACGUGCUACCGAAUCAAAUCAAACAUAACACGGAAAACUUUGUGAUCGAACAAGAGCAGUGAUAAUGAGCGAUAUCGAGGCGAAAUAUUUUGUACGUUCUUUCAUACGCUUUCUCAACAGUCAGCUGGAGCAGCCGAACUUUAGUUCCGAUUCUCGGGAAAGUCUCGAAGUUGCCAUUCAAUGUCUGGAGAAUGUGUACGAAAUUACACCGGAGGAGGGUGGUGGAGUGGGCGGCAGUAAUCAGGAGAAUCCAUUAAAUCACAUCGAUCUGUUCGAAGUGUACCGGGGCACGUUCACAAAUGUCAGCCCAGAACGUAAGCAGGAAGCGGAAAAUUUGAAGAACGAAGGAAAUCGGUUGAUGAAGGAGGAAAAAUACCAUGAAGCUCUCAACCUUUACGGAAGAGCCAUCAGUUUGGACGCCACCAAUCCGGUUUUCUAUUGCAAUCGUGCAGCAGCCUACAGCCGCAUGGGAGAUUACCAACGAGCUGCGGACGAUUGCCGGAUGUCCCUGCGCUAUGAUCCGAAUUACAGUAAAGCCUACGGUCGUCUGGGGCUUGCCUAUUCGAAGAUGAACUUGCACGAUCAAGCGUUAGAAGCGUACCAGAAUGCUCUUCGGAUCGAGCCGGACAAUCAGGAUUAUAAGAAUAACAUGAGUGUCACCCAGCAGCGACUGGAAGAACUUCGGUCGGCUCCGGGCGGUGCUCCAAAUCUUUCGGCCACCGCUGGUUUGCGCGGAAUAGAUUUUGCCGCUGCUUUCAAUAAUCCAGCCCUGGUUAGCAUGGCCACCCGGAUGAUGCACGAUCCGGCCAUCCAGAACAUGUUGGGUCAACUGAGUAGCAUGAAUAAUGUCGAUGCUUUGCUGGAAACCGGUCGACAACUGGCAAUGCAGAUGACCAACGAAAAUCCGGAAGCCUUUGCGAACGUAAUCCGACAGAUGGAGCAGAGCGGUGAGCUUCCACCGGAAGGAACUCCCGGUGGUGAAGGGAGCCAUCAAAACGGGGGCAAUAAUAACGAUAACCAGCAGCAGCCACCUCCAGCGAAUUCCUAAUCUGUUUCGUUACUUGCUCAUACCGAACGGAUUCCGGAUGGGAAUUGUGUCGUCCCUCUUCUUGUGUCGAGCUAGAAGCUGGUUUUGUGUAAUUUUCCCUAUAUACUGUUGGUUGUAGGAAAGGCGUAAUAUCAUACAACUUCCCUUGAAAAAGAAAAACAGCUACAUUUAUUUCCAGUCAUUGGACAGAUUUUGAGUACUUGUCAACAUCUCGACUAUAACUACAAACUUUAACCCGCAAACGAUGUUGAUACGACUUUCAUUGUUUGUUUUAGUUGUCUAAUGGAUUCAAUAAAUCUUUAAAACUAGUAACGAAAAUGCCAAAAUAAC